AUGAGGCUCACAUCGAGUUUUUUGGGUCCAGAUUACUUUGAUAUUAAAACUUAUAAAGCACUGUUGUCGAGCUUUUUACAUUUAAUCACAGCUUUGUUUAAUAGAUCAUUAUCAGAGGGUUACUUUCCUUCAGCAUGGAAACGAUCAUACGUGUUGCCUUUGCCUAAAGUCCGAAGUCCAUUGUCUUACGCAGAUUUUCGGCCUAUUUCAUUAUUAUGCACGCUGUCGAAGGCUCUAGAGAGGUCUGCGCAUGAUCAAAUUGUUGAAUUUUUAACUCGGAAUAACAAAAUGGAUCAAUUUCAAACUGUGUUGCGUGAUGGCUCGAAUACGCAGGAUGCGUUAUUGAGAUUUUACGAUGAUGUUAGGCGUGACAUGGACAACGGAAUGGUGACAAUUACAGUAUUCUUUGACUUCAGCGAAGCAUUAGACUCAGUGGUGCACGAUAUCUUGAUUUUUAAGAUAAGAGCAUUAGGAUUCAAUGAUACGGCGGUGAAUUAA